CCGCACUCCGGACCCAUUGGACACGGCGUUGUAGGAUGGCCCCACACCUUUGAGAUCUGCCAGUAAAUAUAGCCCCAUUCAAAUAUUCCCAUUUCCUUCCUCUUUGGUUUUUUAAAAUUCAGAAAACCGCCGUUCCCUGCCGGGCGCCUCCACCCCGCCUCCGUCGUAAAAGGGGGCAGGCAGGGUAACCGCCAUGUCAGAUCCACGGGAAUCGGGAACCCCCGUUCACCCCCAGCCCUCUCCGGCGACGCCGCCGUCGUCCCUGUACAAACAAAAUACGUGGUCCCCGGACACGUUCCGCGACGAGGUUUGGCAGAGAAGGAAGGGGAAUCAGGGGAUCCGCCGGAGGGAACGCGGCCGGAGCGUCACCGACGAAGACCUCGAUGAAUUCAAGGCUUGUAUGGAACUCGGGUUCGGUUUCGACUCCCCGACGAUGGACAAAAGGUUGUCCGACGCUUUCCCGGCGUACGGACUCUUUUACGCCGUCAAUAAGCAUUACAACGACACCGUUUCAAAGACGGCGCCGUCUUCAUCGUCUAGUGUCUCCGAUUGCGAUUCCCCGUCCGGGUCGCCUUCCUCGUCCGGCAGUCCCCCCACCAUAUUCGCCGCCGACAAUGAAGACGAGGCUGAAGCAAUGGGCACAGGUGGUUGCCUAUUCGAUCCUUAAUAUGCUCCAUAAUUUUUGUAAAAAAGGUUGACUUAUAUCAUCUCAUUUUUGUGUCGGUGUGAACUAUCAAAGUGUCAGUGCAUAAUUGUAAUGUAUAAACAAUCAAAUGUUAAUUAAUUAACAUAUGAUUUUGUGACAAUUUUCAACUCCUAAUACUCCCUCCGUCCGCCUAAGAUGUUCUGAUUUUGACUUUUGGUGGUUUUUAAGGAGAGUUGAAAAAAGGUGAAGGUUUACCAUAAUACCCUUAAUGAAAAAUGGGUGGAGUG